CUAUUAUCUAACUUUCAUAUCCAUCGCACUCGUAACAAAGUGUUGCAUUAAAGGGGUUUUGGUGAUAGGAUUUUGUGUUACACCUAUUAUAAUACCACCACUUUAGUGAUGUUUCGAACGUGUUUAAUUAUUUUGGGUGCUACAUUAGUUCACUGUCAAAUUAAAUUAGAGAAAAUUUUUGAAGAAUGCCACUUACAAAUGCCCGACUUCGAAGAUUGCCUAAAGAAUGGUAUGAAUCAACUAAACCCCUAUUUUCGCGAAGGUCUUCCCGAUUAUGGCAUAGAGCCGUUUGAUCCAUUUUUCGCAGAGGAAGUUCCAUUCAAAAGCCGAAUGCCUUUGUUUAACUUCAACCUGAUACUCAGGAACGUAACAGAAAGUGGCUGGACGUUAUCGCAUGUCUCAAGUGUCAAAAUGAACCACAACAAAAACGAAGUGGCGAUUACCCAGUCGUUUCCUGAUAAGCGCCUGAAAGGUUGGUUCGAAUUCGAUGGAAACAUACUCGGAGCAAAGGUAAAAACGCAAGGUCCUUGGAACUUGUCGCUGUUCGACUACACCCAGACCUUGACGGUGUCGCGAAAACCGGCCGGUCCAUCAGCGCCUUUGUCCCAUCACCCCAUUAAAGUCAAAUGCAAUUUGCAUACCUGCAAAAAUCUCGAAUUGCACGUUGGCAAUUUGGCCGGUGGACGAUCUUUUCUCGAAAAUAUGUUAGACCGCGUGAUCAACGCAGCGUGGCAACCGGGUUUCGUCAUUUUGAGCCCCAUAAUCAACGAGCUCGUCGGCACAGCUUUCACUGACAUUUUCAACAGGAAUUUUCAAACGUUUCCGUUUUCUGCGGUUUUUCCCAAUUAACUGAAAAGAUUUCGAUUUUGUUGUCCGUUCUAAUAAUGUGCCACUCAGUUUAUAAUUGAUAGUAAUUGAAAAAGAAUCCUUUUAUAAAAGAAUUUUGAUAAUGUUAGUUUAGAGGAAUUUUUAGUAUAUUCUUAAAUGUUUAAGUAAUGUGAUACAAGUAUCUCGUUAGAGAUUGCUCAAAAUAAUGCUGAAUAGUUUUUAUUGGUAAAAUU